UCCGCGCAGCCGCAGUUGGAGGCACUGUUCUGCUCGCGAGCGUCAGUGUAACAUCUCAGAAGUAGAAGACGAAGGGAGGAGAAACGAUGGCAGCACACGCAAACAAGUGUCCCGUGUUGGUUUUCGCCUUUGUUUUGUUCUCCCAGCUGAUGUCAGGGGCCGUGGCUUCAUCCCAGUGUGUUGACGGUACCUACGACCAUGGCGAGCUUAAAUGUUGCAAGUGUGGGAUUGGUCUGUAUGUGAAGGAGCACUGCACUGCUAAUCUACAAUUUGGACAAUGCGAGCCCUGUAAUGCUGGUACUUUCAGCAGUCAUCCUACUGGCCAGACGUACUGUGAACCCUGCACAUCCUGCUCACACGUCAAUGCUAAUCUAGAGGUGGAGGAAGAAUGCACAUCUGCAGUGAACAGGAAAUGUCGAUGUAAAAAGGAUCACUACUGCAUCAGUCCCAGAGACACCUGUAAACUCUGCAGUCCUUGUGCUACAUGUCCUGAAGGCAUCAAAGUACCCUGCAUAGCCAACAAUAACACAGUCUGCAAUGAAGAACAAAAGGAGGCCAAUAACACAGGGACAGUAGUCGGCAUUAUUAUUGCAAUUGUAUUAAUCGCUGUAGUCGGAGUUGCUGUUUGGUAUUAUCGGAGAAAGCAGCAAAGACAAAACCUCUCAUUCCAACAUCCAAAUGGAACUGUAGACAUUGCAGAUGUUGAGCUCAACGAGGGACAGCGUCUUAUAAAAAUUCCAGACAUGGAUCUCCAGUCUUACAUCCCUACCAUCGCAGAAGUGAUUGGAUGGAAUGACAUGAAGGAUAUUGCAAUACGUAGUAGAAUACCAAUGACUAAAAUUGACGAUUGUAGACAUAACAACCCCAAUAAUGCUGGUGAGCAGACAGUCGAACUGUUAGGCAUCUGGGUCGAGAGUCAGGGCCUUGCGGCAGGUGACAAGUUGUACCAACUCCUAGAGACGACUGGCAAAAAGCUCAAGGCGGACAAAGUGAGAGGUAUAUUGCUUCCUGGGUAGAUUAAAUAUUCUGCUUGAACGUGUCCACAGUGAGCACUUCUGAAAGUAAUUGCUGUCUUGUCUGCUGUGUGAAUUAUUACAUCAAAGCAAUGUUUACAUGAAAUCUGGGAUAAGGGUGAGCUCAAUAAUCGACAUACCUGAUAUGAAUAUAUGUAUCUUGUGCCUGUUCAAGCAGCAUUUGAACGUCAUUAGUCUGUGCUGUGUUUGGAAGAGAGACUAAAGUUAAAGAUAUUGAAAAAAGUGACCAGCGGAGUGGUUUCCGUGCAUGUCACCUGCUGGUUCAGUACUUUGCAGGUGCAACUCUCAACAGAGAUGAGAAAAGAGGCGAGAUGUCUCACUUCUUAGAGACUGCUGUCAACAGCUCUGGGAAAAAAAAAACAAUGUGUAUAAUUUAGAAUAUUAUUGAAUAUUGUCUUCUGGAUGUAGUCUGAUGAGGAAUAUGAUCAGUGGCCAUCAGGAGUUGAAUCUUGCAUUCUACCGUUUCUCCUCUCGUGCUGAUUCGUAAAGCUAAACUGCCAGUCAGAGUGAUUUCUGUUAAUGGUGAGCCAUCACCAGUUCUACAUGCUGAGUCUGCCAAAAAGCCAACAAGGGAGGUCCAGUGCUAAUGGUGGGGGACUGGUGGCCUGAUGUGUCAGGACCUUUAGACUCAGAUCCACUUUGAAAUGCACUUUUUGUCCUACUGUGCUCUGUAUCACAGUCUUAGAUUUAGGCUUUACCUUAGAUUGUCUGCAGAAUGUUUUUUUGUAUCUGUUGAAUGUCAACUUAAGUUCACCUGUUCAAAAUGUUUUAUUUAGCUCUUUUUUGUGUUAAAUGCUUACUAACAGCAGAGGAGGACAAAGGAACAGUCUGUGCUUCAGAUGUGCCUGAGUCUUAUUAUCUCAGGAGUAGGACUGUGCUCAUAUUCAGUUUGACAUUGUUUGACAUGUAUCGAGGUGGUCUGUGCAUCUUUGAUCAUUCCAUCGGCUUGUCAGAAACUUGUGGAAAUUAGAUUUUCUUAAGGAAAAAACAGGCUGGUUUUUUAGACCAAAAAGGGAUUAAGGACAUUUUAAAUAUGGGGUAGGUUUUAAUUUUUUUUAUGUAAGAAAAAGAAUAAAAUCACUACAAAAAAACAAAAACAAACAUCAACUGAGGGAUUGUCAGUGUGCCACAAGGUCACAUUAAAGGCAUCUCAGUUGGUUCAUGAUGUGUUUAAUAUAAUGUGAGAGAUGACUUUUGUAAUGCAGGUCUUUUGUCCAGACCAGAUAUUUGCAUUGCAUUUUAUUUGUUCUUCCACACUCAAUAUGUGAUUAUGUUGGUUUUUGUUGUGUUUGAAGUGUCUCGUAAGCCCCCGUCACAACGGGUACCUCAUGCUGCAUGACACGCAAAGAAUGAGAAUGAGAAUUGUGGAUUUUUUCAGCUAGAAUAAUGAAAUUUUACUCACAAAUGUAAGUCUUUUAUACGUAAUAUAUAUUUAUAUGUAAGUGUUGUGUCUAUGCAGGCACUCAGAGAAACCAGCACAGCUGUAACGUAAAAUAAUGUUACGGAUAAAUUACACAGAACAAUUUCCAUGAUGUUCUUGUCAUUUUGUGAAAUAAUGGAUUGGGGUUUUCUGUCACUAUUUGCUUCAUAUGUUCUGUAGGAAAGUGUUGAAUAAGAUUACAUGCACUGAAUUUCACCUGCCUUCCAGUCUCUGGAGGACGUCUAUGUGUCAUUUGUGAGUAAUGAAUAUAUUUUAUGUUAGACAAUAAAUCUUAACGGAAAUACAA